AGCGAGCAGCUGAUGCAGCUGUACAGCGCGCGGCAGCGCCGGCGCCUGAACCGCGGGCUGCGCCGCAAGCAGCACUCGCUGCUGAAGCGCCUGCGGAAGGCCAAGAAGGAGGCGCCGCCCAUGGAGAAGCCGGAGGUGGUGAAGACCCACCUGCGGGACAUGAUCAUCCUCCCCGAGAUGGUGGGCAGCAUGGUGGGCGUCUACAACGGCAAGACCUUCAACCAGGUGGAGAUCAAGCCUGAGAUGAUCGGUCACUACCUGGCAGAAUUCUCCAUCACUUACAAGCCGGUGAAGCACGGCCGGCCUGGCAUCGGUGCCACCCACUCUUCCAGGUUCAUUCCUCUGAAGUAACGACGUGCUGUGGGAGCCUUUUCCAUGUGUAAAUAAAGAAAUUUCUCCCACCUGG